GAGAGAGAGAGAGAGAGAUGGAGGACCAAAUGUGGAUGAGUGUGUUUAGAUCGAAUGCCGAAGGUUUGCAGGAUGAGUGGACGCUGCAUAUGGAUGAUUCCAUCCAGCCAAAACAUCCAGCAGGAGGGUUCUAUGAGUACAUGAGAGGAUCGUUUGCUCAGUUUCGUUGUUCUGGAUGUGGUCGUUCGUGGCCCUCUAAGCGAGUGAUGGUGGUGUUCCAUUUCUCACGUGAUGCGGCAAGUGGGUGUGGCACUGUAAAGAUGCGGCGCUGUAAGCAGGAGUGUCGCCGCUGUACUGCACCCCGCAAGGAGAAUCCGAGAUAUAGUCAAGAGAACAUUGACGUGAUCCUGGAGAAACUUGUAGAGAAGAUUAAAUUUAGGUGCUAUGGGGAGAAUGUGGGACAAUCAAAUCGAUCCUCACGCUUUAUUGGUAAAGUGAACGGACCACAUGAAAGUGCGCACUGUGAAGCCUGUCAGCUGGGGAUCUGCCAACAGGGAACAUGAACCACACAGCAGCCCCAGGUGGGCAUCAGUCCAGACACAGUGAAGGACUGACAUCACCUUCACCCAAUCUCCAAAUCUCCCCCAACAUCAGAUGGUUUAAUUUAAAAGUGGUGUGAUUUUUAUUUAAUUAAAUAUUUGCCUCAUAAAUAUUAAGUUAACGGAAAUGUGUUAAUUUUAAUUAGUGUUAUACAUGUAGCUGGUGGAUGGAAUAAAUAAAUAUAAAGAAAGUAUGUGUUUUACUUGAAUACAUAUAGUCACAAAUAUACUGAUUUGUUUAUUUAUUAAUUUUUUUGUGGACACUGCAGUGGAAGCAGUCAAGAUUUGAUUCAAGUGUUUUGAAGUUUUUAUUCAAGGGAAUUAGGAAGAAGCAUGCAUUAACUGUUUAGGAAUUAUAGCAAUUUUAUAGUCCUUCCAUUUUUACAGGCUCAUAAGUAAUUGGCCAAUUGUUUGAUAGGCAGUUGUUUGGGAAGUUAUAGCCAGUGUAUUUGUUAUUUAAUGACAAAUUAAGGACAAAUUAAUGAAAUGGUCUGGCUUGA